AUGACUACUGCGAUGGCUGCUCAUCAAGAAUCUAUCCACGAGAGACUACAGCCUGCACCUGAGGAACCUUUGUACCUGCACCAUGAAGCGUCGUCAUGGCCGGAGUCGUCCGACCACCAGGACGAGCACAGCACCGACAUGUCCCCAUACUAUAACAUGCCAAAAAGAAACAAGAGAAAGAAUUUCAAACCACGAUGUGCUCCCAACACUACAGCAUUCUCGGACGACUCCAACGGAGCGAACUGUGAUGAAACGGGCAGUCCUAUCAAUGGAAACGAUAGAACGACCCCAGAAAAUAUCGGUGAAGACGACAAAGACGAUGGCAAUUACACUAAAAUUGGUGUCAAAAAUUUCAGUCUCCUAAAAGGUGGUGCAGUUGACCUAAGCAGAAGACUGAGCACUGACUCCAAUGAAAACAUAGACUCAAAUUACCAAAAUAGGUUACCGGAGGAUAAGAAAGUAGACUCGUUUCAACAUUCGUACAUACAUAGUUUACAAAUAAACCAGGGCGCCGAGAGAGAUCGGACCGUCCUAAACUUUAGUAAUUUACAAAAUAAGACGUUUUGUGCCAAAAAUCCUUUUGCUAUAUCUCAAUUAAUAAAGACUAACUCACCGCCAAGGAGAAGGGACUCAGACUCUGACGAAGAUAAGGGUCAAGAUAUAAAUGCAAAUGAGAGAUUAGAGGAAAACCAGGAGCAGAUGGAAACGAAUGAGACUCAACAGAAUGGUGACGCAUCAAAUGCUACAAAUAGAAUAUUAAGAGAUUACGCCAUGAACACCAUGAAGGAACUACUCGGAAUAUACGGAUUAUCUUCUAAUGAAGUCGCUGAUGCUAUCAGUGGACAGAUCAGAGCUUUAGAAGCUCUCCAAGGUAAACCAUUUACGCAACUGCCUUUAGGUUUGAAAAGGCGGCAUGAUUCUGGAAUGGAAGAUGGUACUGACAGGAGUAUGAGGAGAUCCUCAUCAGCUACUGAAGAUGAGGGUUCCACAAACAUCACACCACCGAAAACCCCAGAUAACGACAUUGAGGCUCAGAGGCAAAGGGCUCUGCAGAUCAUUAACCAGCAAUCAAUGAGGCUGUUCAACAGAUCUCAAGGUCCAGAGGAGGAUGGAAGUGGAUCUGAUGACGGAGAUCAAACUCUUGACCUUAGCGUAUCAAGAGAUACUGAUGGACAGGAACAAUCGGCGACCUCGAGCGCCGCCAACAGUGUUUCAGAAUUUGAGCAACAAAAUCUUUUGAUGAGGAAAAAUUUAGAGGAUCUAGCUAAUUUACAAAUGCAGGGUUUCUUCCAAAAGCAAUCAUCAAUGGAUGCGGAUGAUUCUCAAGAAAGAAAACUGCAGGCGAGCGGUCUGCUCUCGGCGUUGAAUCAUUUGGACCAGGCGCGGAAGAAUUCUUUGCAGACUACAGUCGACUACUCCAGAUACGUUAAGAGGUACAGCUCAACUCUAGAAUGCGGUUCCUCAUACUGCAAGGACCUGGGUUACCGGGAGCAUUUCCACUGCAUGGACUGCACUGCCAGGGUGUUCUGCAAGAAGGAAGAGAUGAUCAGACACUUCAAGUGGCACAAGAAACGUGACGAAUCUCUAGCCCAUGGUUUCAUGAGGUACUCUCCCCUGGACGAUUGCUCUGAAAGAUUUAGUGACUGCCCUCACAACCGGAGUCAAACCCACUACCACUGCAUCCAAGAUGGCUGCGAUAAGGUAUACAUAUCAACUUCAGACGUGCAAAUGCACGCCAAUUAUCACAGGAAAGACUCUGCUAUCCUUCAGGAGGGUUUCCAAAGGUUCAGAGCCACUGAGAGCUGUGCUGCACCGCAUUGCGUCUUCGCCGGUCAAAGGACCACGCAUUUCCAUUGUAGACGACCUGGAUGCACUUAUACUUUCAAGAAUAAGGCUGAUAUGGAAAAACACAAGACCUACCACAUCAAAGAUGAAGCCUUAUCUAAAGAUGGUUUCAAGAAAUACAUGAAGAACGAAGCCUGUCCUUACCGGGACUGUCGGUUCAGCAAGACAUGCAACCAUAUCCACUGCAUCAGACCCCAUUGCAACUACGUGCUGCAUUCCAGCAGUCAGAUCUUCACUCAUAAGAGGAAGCAUGAGAGGAAGGAGCAAGAAAUGAGCUUUGGACUUCCUACUUCGGUGAUUCAGAGUGCGCUGAUGCAACCAGGAGCUGACUUAAGCAUGUAUUCUCCAGGAGGAAAUGUCCUCGUCGAUGACGAUAUGUCCAAUCCAAUGAUGGAUUCUGACUACCCGCAUCCAUUUAAUCCGGCACUAGUUGAAGAGAUUUCAAGGAAAUACAUUGAGACAUUUAAUGGAGGCAAAGAGGCUGAGGAUAAAUGCAACAAAUGCAGCGCUUUCAACAAGCAUUAUCAUUGCUUGGCUGACGGCUGUAAAAUGGCACACAGCUGCCACACUACAAUGGUAAAACACGUGAUGGAACACGAGCAACAGAACCAAGUCACUGAAGCCUACUUCGUAACUUACACUCGUCACAACCCUUGUGGCAACUCAGCCUGCCAACACAUCAGAGACAUCACCCACUACCACUGCACCUGGGAAAACUGUGGAGCAGUCAUCCUAUCCUCUGAAGAGCACCCAUUCAGACGUCUAGAGCAUCAUCGCCAGCACGCGAUUCUCAGCCCAAUGUCUCCGAACUUAGCAUCCAGAUUCGCUCCAAACUUUACCCCACAACUGUCAGCUCAGCUGCAUCCGAAUAUGGCAGCUCAACUUGGUCAAGUCCCAAAUUUACCCAGUCUUCCGCCAAACUUGGCACAAUUAGCCCAAAUGGCACCAAGCUUGUCUUCACAGUUGACACCCAACUUGCAAGCUCAGUUGAACUUGGACCUAAUCCUGGAGUGUUCCUCAACAAGUCAACCCAUCGAGUUCAUUAGAUGA